AGCUCGGGAGAGGCGGGCUCGGGCCCAGCGCCGCCCGCGCGAAGCUCCCUGGUGUUGUGCGCCCUUCCCCGCGCGCCGCCCCCUGGGCUGGGGUCUGUGGAUGACGUCCGCUUUUCCCGGAACGGCAAAGGUGGAGCCGGGCCCCCGGGACAGCCGCUGGGGGAAUCCGAGAGGUCUCAGCGCUGGUUUCCAGCUCCGCCGCGCAGCGCGCACGGAGUCCCCGGGGAGCUGGGUUUGCAGGGUUCUCCGCGGGCCCAGAGCGAACUGGGAGCCCCGGGCCGGGCCUUUCCCGUCCCGGUCCCCGUCCCUGGGCCCCAGCCUUUCCCGCCCUCGCCAAGAGGGGCGCCCAGGUCUCGGGCCUUGCAGGGCGAGCCCCUCGGGACAACCUGGAGGUGGCGAGAAAGCCUUUUCCGCCUCCCUCGGAACUGGGAUUAGGAACGAGUUCCAGAGUGCGGUUUCCCGGGCCAGCGGACCACCUUCUCCAUUCACAUCCUCUUCCCUUUCCUUCUAGCCUUCUUUCUUAGUCAUUGCCUGCUUGCCUUUCUGUCUGCCUUUCCUUCCUCCCUCUGCUCUCCCAUUUUCCUCCCCACUCCCCUUCUCCCCUGUCUCAGUAGUAAAAUACGUUUCCUAGGCUUUUUAUUAUGUGGCGGAUGAUUUUAAGGGGCCAUUUAUUUAGUUUGCCUUGUUCUCUGUCUUCUUUUUCUUCUAGAAAUGGAGUCUCGCUUUGUUGGUCAGGCUGGAGUUCAGUGGUGCCAUCUCGGCUCACUGCAGCCUCCGCCUCCUGGGCUCAAGCGAUCCUCCCGCCUUAGCCUCCAGAGUAACUGGGAUCACAGGUGUGCGCUACCAUGCCCGGAUAAUUUUAUUUUUUUCGUAGAGACAGGGCCCCACUCUGUUACCCAGGCUGGUUUGGAACUCCUGGGCUCAAGCCAUCAUCCCUGCCCCCAAAGCGCUGGAAUUUAUUACACGUCAGGUCAUUAGGUUUUAACCUGCACGUUGCUGAGACUCAUCUUACCGUUAGAGACGUUGCUGAGACUCAUCUUACCGGUUAGAGUCUGAGGCCAGGAUAGGCGGCAAAAAAAAACGCCUCCUGUCAUGCUGUUUUAUUUUCUAUGUAACACUGAUUAUUACCUGAAACUUCCUCCUUUGCUCAUUUCUUGUCUGUCUCACCCACCUGGAAUAUGAGCUUCAUGAGAUAGCUGUCUCUUCGGUGCUAUAUCUUAGGUCCUGGGGAGAGUGCCCAGCAUGUAAUAGGCACUUGUGGAAUGCUUCAAGAUUUGGGGUCAUCUGUGGGUUUUAUUCAUACAUAAUUCUUUUUUUUUUUUUUUUUUUUGAGAUGGAGUCUCGCUCUGUCACCCAGGCUGGAGUGCAAUGGCAUGAUCUUGGCUCACUGCAACCUCUGCCUCCCAGGUUCAGGCGAUUCCCCUGCCUCAGCCUCCCGAGUAGCUGGGAUUACAGGAGCGCGCCACCAUGCCUGGCUAAUUUUUGUAUUUUGAGUAGAGACAGGAUGUCUCACCAUGUUGGCCAGGGCGGUCUCAAACUCCUGACCUCAGGUGAUCCGACUGCCUUGGCCUCCCAAAGUGUUGGGAUUACAGGCGUGACCCACCGUGCCUGGACUAUUCAUGCAUACUUUUAGGUUUAAAGCCAUGACUGCCUUAGAGAUGAGUAAAGAGGUUAGUAGGGGGCUUUAGGGCCUGCACUGGGUUCCCCAAACCCAAUUCCUUCAGGAAAAUGGGAGGAGUAACAGUACCUACCUCAAGGGGUUAUGGAAACAAUUAUGUGAGAGAACACAGGCAAAAUACGUAGCCCAGGACUGUCACAUACAAGACAAGUCCCUCAACAAAUGGUGGCUAUUAAUUUUUUUUUUUUGAGACGGAAUCUCACUCUGUCGCCCAGGUUGGGGUGCAGUGGCACGAUCUCGGCUCACUGCAACCUAUGCCUACCAGGUUCAAGCGAUUCUCCUGCCUCAGCCUCCUGAGUAGCUGGGAUUCCAGGCUCGCACCACCACGCCUGGCUUAUUUUGUGUUUUUAGUAGAGACGGGGUUUCGCCAUGUUGGCCACGCUGGUCUCAAACUCCUGACUUCGUGAUCUGCCUGCCUCGGCCUCCCAAAGUGCUGGGAUUACAGGUGUGAGCCACCGCGCCCAGCAAUAUUUUUACAAUUCACUAAGCCAGGGGUCCACAGACUUUUUAUAUAAUGGGCCAGAUAGUAAAUAUUUUAGGUUUAGUGAGCCUAGAGGCAAAAUCAAAAUUAUUAGUAGGUACAUUUAUAACGAGAAAAGACAAAUUUAGGCCAGGCACCAUGGUUCAUGCCUGUAAUCCCAGCACUUUGAGAGGCCAAAGUGGGAUGAUCGCAUUCCCAGGAAUUCAAGACCAGCCUGGGCAACAUAGUGAGACACCCAUCUCUAUAAAAAAUUUUUAAAAAUUAACUGGACAUGGCACGUGCCUGUAGUCCCAGCUACUCAGAAGGCUGAGGCAGGAGGAUCACUUGAGCCCAGGAGGUCAAGGCUACAGCGAGCGGAGAUUGCGCUACUGCACUUCAGCCUGGGCAAUGGAGUGAGACCUUUUUAUUUUUUAUUUUUGCAAUUAAGUAUUUUUAAUUAAGAUAUGUACAUUUUUUAGACAUAAUGCUUUCACACACUUAAUAGAUGGCAGUAUAGGGUAAACAUAACUUUUUUAUUUUUAUUUUUUGUUUUACUGUAAGUUCUGGGAAACGUGCUGAACGUGCAGGUUUGUUACAUAGGUAUACGUGUGCCAUGGUGGUUCGCUACACCCAUCAACCCAUCAUCUAGGUUAUAAGCCCCACAUGCAUUAGGUAUUUGUCCUAAUGCUCUCCCUCCCCUUGCCCUCCCCACCCCCUGACAGACCCCAGUGUGUGAUGUUCCCCUCCCUGGGUCCAUGUGUUCUCAUUGUUCAACUCCCACUUAGGAGUGAGAACAUGCGGUGUUUGGUUUCUGUUCCUGUGUUAGCUUGCUGAGGAUGAUGAUUUCCAGCUUCUUCCAUGUCCCUGCAGAGGACAUGAAUUCAUCCUUUUUUAUGGCUGCAAUUUUAUUUUUGUAGAGAUGAAGUCUCACUAUAUUGGCCAGGCUGGUCUCAAGUGAUCCUGCUGCCUCAGCCUCCCAAAGUGCUGAGAUUGCAGGCAUGAGCCACCACACCUGGCUGUAUUGUACCUUUCAACUGAGUUAUGUGCAUGGUUUACUAAAACUCUCUAGCCCUGAAUUGAUUCCCUGAGGAUUGGAGCAAAGUGGGUGGGGGCGUGAGUCGGCUAGAAGUCACCUGGAAUAGACAUCCAGGAGCCGAAGUGUAUUAGGUCAGAAAAGUUAAAGAAUGAGCUCCCUCAAAAGCAUAGUGACCUGUUGUUCCUGGUGAUGGGACUAGAUGACCAUAAUCCCUCAGCCUCCCAAGUAGCUGGGAUUGCAGGCAGGCACCACCACACCCAGCUAAUUUUUGUAUUUUUAGUAGAGACAGGGUUUCACCAUGUUGGCCAGGCUAGUCUCCAACUCCUAACCUCAAGUGAUCCACCCACCUUGGCCUCCCAAAGUGUUGGGAUUACAGGCAUGAGCCACUGCCCCGGCCAGUAAUAUAAUACAUUCUGUAUAAUAGUCACAGUCAUGGUGAAAAUAACAAAGCUGCUGCUGAUGGCUUAAUUCUGAGUUUUAGCUACACAUGGUAACCUAGCUAGAGAGCUCACAUUCCUCCCCACUGUCCUCAAUCAAAGUGGAAGCUCACAAGGCCAUUUUUCUCCCCCAAGGACAUGAAAAUCUCUGAUUAGAAACAUUUAUGCUACUUUUUGGAUUUAUUGAACCUAAUGACUCCUUUUUCUUUCUUGCUUGCUUUAUCACUGUAGGAAAGAGUAACCCCAAAGAGUGAAACAUUACACAUAUAACAAGUUGUAGGGAGCAUGAACCUAUUUUGUUUUAUUAGCGUGGGUGGUAAUAGCAUUGAACUCCAUUACACACCUGUACAGACACCCCUAAGAUAUUGUGGGUUCAGUUGCAGACCACUGCAAUGAGGGGAAUAUCGCAGUAAAACGAGUCACACAAAUUUUGUAGUUUCCCAGUGCAUACAAAAGUUAUGUUUAUGUGGAAUCCCAAUGCCGGGCAGCCAGGGCCAAAUCCAUAUCCCCCCAAUAUUGGGUGCCCUGGAGGUUCCAAUCCUGCCCACCCACUGCCUAUUAACCCACCCUUUCCCCCAGGCCACUGUCCUCCUCCCCCAGGAGCUCCCCAUGGCAAUCCAGCUUUCCCCCGAGGUGGGCCCCCUCAUCCUGUGCCACAGCCAGGGUAUCCAGGAUGCCAACCCUCGGGUCCCUACCCUCCUCCAUACCCACCGCCUGCCCCUGGAAUCCCUCCUAUGAAUCCCUUGGCUCCUGGCAUGGUCGGACCAGCAGUGAUAGUGGACAAGAAGAUGCAGAAGAAAAUGAAGAAAGCUCAUGAAAAGAUGCACAAGCACCACAAUCAUGGCAAGCAUUCCUCCUCCUCUUCCAGCAGUGAUUCUGACUGAAUACAGGCCCUGGACCCUUCCCUCAAGUCUCACCAGUUCUGCUCUCCCAUCAAGCUUCAGAUGCCAUGUUGUACUGGGGGAAUGUAGCCCUUGUGGUCCCCCCCCA